AAAUUCUUUCUCUUCUCCCCCUUGCCACCGUUUUCUUGAUAGAUGACAACAUCCUUUUUUGUCUGUUCUUCACUUUAGGAUCCCACCACACAGCCAGACAGAAUCUGUUCUGCCCUCUUUGAAUAUUUAAAACCACUCUCUUCAGGUGAAGAUCUGUGAUAGACAGUAUGGAUUACACAAGGGUUGAGCAGAGAUCAUGUGAGGACAUAGGGGAAAGGAUGGAGAGGAAGACUGGGUAUGGUAUGAGCAGAGAGAAGAAAUUCCUGCUUUCCAAAAUAAAGGAUGAAGAGGGGGAGAAUGAGAAAAGUGAGACAAGUGGGGAAAUUGGGAGUGCAGAGAUAAAAACUGAAAUUGGUGUGAAAUAUGAAGCUACAGCAAAGAUACAACUCUGUGUGAAAGAAGAAAAUGAGAGUGAUGAAGAGAAUGAGAGGGACAAAACUGUUGAAACCAUUCAAACAGAAAGAAGGAUGAAGAACAACCUCUUCAGUGCCUCUGCAGAAUCCUCCUCUGAACCCUUUGUAACAACCCCCUGGAAUCAUAAUAAAGGGCAAAGUGAUGAGGUGUCAUCUCAGAUCUUUGCCUGUCCGCAGUGCCCAUUUGUUCACAUGGAGGAAGCGUCCUUGCAGUGGCACAUUGAGAAGGUUCAUCCAGAGGAGUACAGCAUGAUUCUGAGCUCUGGAAGAACCGGAACAGAGAACAUGCUGCCUCCCAGCAGCAGCACCUAUCAACACCCCACAGCCCCAAAGACAACCCCCAUGCCAAAACCUUCCCACACAGGUACUGCAGGGGCUCACACAUGCUCCCACUGUGGGAAAAGUUUUGGGUGUGCAUCAAAACUGAUAACACACCAGCGAAUUCACACAGGGGAGCGCCCCUUCCAGUGCUUCCAGUGUGGAAAGCGUUUUGGUCAGACAAGUCAUUUAAGAAACCACCAACAAACUCAUUUAGAAGAGCGUCCAUACCUCUGUGCACAGUGUGGGAAGAGUUUUGUAUCUACAUCAAAACUUACAAGACAUGAGCGAUUUCAUACAGGAAAGCGUCCACACAAAUGCUCACAAUGUGGGAAGAGCUUUAUGUAUCAAUCCGAACUGACAAAACACCAGCGAAUACAUACUGGGGAGUGUCCAUACCCCUGCUCCCAGUGUGGGAAGAGUUUCACUUCUGCGUCAAAUCUGAAAAAACAUGUGCGAAUUCAUACAGGUGAGCGCCCCUACCCCUGUUCCCAGUGUGGGAAGAGUUUCAGAUGUGCGUCAGAUUUGAAAAAACAUGAGCGAAUUCAUACAGGUGAACGCCCAUACACUUGCUCCCACUGUGGGAAGAGCUUCACAUCAGGAUCAGUUCUGAAAACACAUAAGCGAAUUCAUACAGGUGAGCGCCCAUACCCCUGCUCCCAGUGUGGAAAUAGUUUCAUAUCCGCAUCGGUUUUGAAAAAACAUCAGCGAGCUCAUGCAGGUGAACGUCCAUACCACUGCUCCCAUUGUGGGAAGACAUUCAUAACUGUGUCGCAGCUGACUACACACCAGAGAGCUCAUGCAGGGGAGCGCCCUUUCCCAUGCUCCAAGUGUGAGAAGAGUUAUAUGUUUGCAUCACUCCUAGCUAUUCAUGAACGCAUUCACACAGGGGAGUGUCCAUUCUCAUGCUCCCAGUGUGGAAAGAGUUUCAGAUGUGCAUCAAAUCUGACCAAACACCAACGAACACAUACGGGGGAGCGCCCGUUUGACUGCCCAGUGUGUGGGAAGAGUUUCAUUUAUCAAUCGGACCUGACAAAACACUUGCCAACACACACAGGGAAGCGCACAUAUCAAUGCUCUGAGUGUGGCAAGCGUUUUGUAUAUCGAUCAGCCCUGACAAUACACCAGCGAACGCAUACAGGGGAGUCCCCAUACUAGGUCACAUGACUUCUGGUAUAUUUCAGGUAUGACUCAAUGUUGGACAUUCUCCGAGAGAGGUGAACUAGAAAGUGUUUGGGAGGACAGCCUGGUCUUGGUUGCAUCUGGGUUGUGCAGUGUUUUUUUCUCAUAUUUCGUGACUUGAUUGUGCUCCUAGGAAGAUCCAAAGCUUCAGAAAUCUUUUCAUUACUUUCUCCAAGUUUUUGCCUCUUUGCAACUUCAUGUCCUUGUGUCAAGACCCACAAGCAGACUUGG